CGCUCCGCCCCGCCCCGCAGCAGCAAGUAGCAGCGGGCGCUGGUGCCGCGGGGCGCCCUGACAGCCCCGCGUCCAACUUGUGUUGCAGGCGCGCCCCGCCGCUGAUGCGAGAGCUGCCGCGCCAAUGCCAGCGCCGCGCAGCCCAGCCAGACCCCGCCGCCCAGCCAGCCCCCGCCGCCCUCCGGGCCCGCCCCGCCGCGAUGGCUCUGACCUUGUUCGAUACUGAUGAAUAUAGACCACCUGUUUGGAAAUCUUAUUUGUAUCAGUUACAACAGGAAGCUCCUCAUCCUAGGAGGAUAACCUGCACACGAGAGGUAGAGAACAGACCCAAAUAUUAUGGAAGAGAAUUCCAUGGGAUGAUCUCAAGGGAGGAAGCUGACCAAUUACUAAGUGUUGCAGAGGGAAGCUAUCUCAUUCGUGAAAGCCAACGGCAACCUGGAACCUACACUUUGGCGUUAAGAUUUGGAAGUCAAACCAGAAACUUCAGACUCUACUACGAUGGAAAGCACUUUGUUGGGGAGAAACGUUUUGAGUCCAUCCAUGACCUGGUGACAGAUGGAUUGAUUACUCUUUAUAUUGAAACGAAGGCAGCUGAAUACAUUGCCAAGAUGACAAUAAAUCCAAUUUAUGAACACAUAGGAUAUACAACUUUAAACAGAGAGCCAGCACACAAAAAAAAUAUGCCAACCCUGAGAGAUGAACAUGAUGGCAAAGAUUCUACAGGAGAGGAUGAGGUAGCAGAAAAGAGGCUGACAUCACUUGUCAGAAGAGCAACUCUGAAAGAAAAUGAACAUAUUCCAAAAUACGAGAAGAUUCAUAACUUCAAGGUGCACACGUUCAGGGGCCCGCACUGGUGUGAAUACUGUGCCAACUUUAUGUGGGGCCUCAUUGCUCAGGGAGUAAAAUGUGCAGAUUGUGGUUUAAAUGUGCACAAGCAAUGUUCCAAGAUGGUCCCAAAUGACUGCAAGCCAGACCUGAAGCAUGUCAAAAAAGUGUACAGCUGUGACCUUACAACACUAGUAAAAGCACACUUCGCUAAGAGACCAAUGGUAGUAGAUAUGUGCAUUAGAGAAAUUGAAUCUAGAGGUCUUAAUUCCGAAGGACUAUACAGAGUCUCAGGAUUCAGUGAUCUUAUUGAAGAUGUCAAAAUGGCGUUUGACAGAGAUGGGGAAAAAGCUGAUAUUUCUGUGAAUAUGUAUGAAGAUAUCAAUAUUAUCACUGGUGCACUUAAACUGUACUUCAGGGAUUUGCCAAUUCCACUCAUCACAUAUGAUGCCUACCCAAAGUUUAUCGAGUCUGCAAAAACCGCUGACCCGGAUGAGCAGCUGGAAAUUCUCCACGAGGCGCUGAAACUGCUGCCGCCUGCGCACUGUGAAACACUACGGUAUCUCAUGGCACAUCUGAAGAGAGUAACACUCUACGAAAAGGAAAAUCUGAUGAGUGCAGAGAAUCUGGGCAUAGUUUUUGGACCAACUCUAAUGAGAGCGCCAGAACUGGAUGCAAUGGCUGCAUUGAAUGACAUCCGUUAUCAGAGACUUGUGGUGGAGAUGCUUAUAAAAAAUGAAGACAUUUUAUUUUGAAUAUUUUGGGGGUUUUGUAAUAAAAAAAGGAAGCAACAAUGUUCUAUGGAUGAAGGAAUAUUUUGAAAGUAAUUUAAUGGCUCUUGUCGAUGAAUUCCGUACUUGCUAGAGCUUUCGAUGUAUUCAGGAUAAAAAUGAAGGAACUCUCUGUCAUUUCUGUAGUGCCAUUCAGCUGAUGUUGGAAAAGGUUAACACAUACUUGCCAGUACUAGUAAUCCUGGGUGUUUAUCAUGUUAAAUAAAAACAAAAAAAGGAAAAAAAAAAAAAAAAAAAGAAAGCAAGCAAAAAGCCUAAAGCUAUUGCAUGAUUUGCUCCCUGUUCUCCCUGUUCUGGUGAGACUCAUUCUAUGAAGAAAACAACUGAACUGGUGCAGCAUCUUUGUUCUGGAUAGUUUGUGAUUGUAAUUCAGCAUGUUUCUCCGUGUAAACCUGUUGUGAAUUUGCUUUUAUGUUCUAUGUAAUUGGUUUCUGAUACUAAAAAGAAGGCCAACUUGUGUGAAAUGGAGCCUCUGGCAGUUUAUUGACAUUUCAUAUCAUUCCAUGCCACUUUUGGGGCUGAUUUCUUCCUGGGUUCCUUUCUGGUUUUUCAUCAUAUAGUAGUUUGGUUUUAACAGGAACAAAAAUGUGUACUUUAAAUGUUACUUUAAGUAAUUCUUCAUGAUGUUUAUGGUGGUUGCAGUGAAAUCUGCAAUGCUGAACAGUGUUCCUUUAUUAUUAUUGCUAUUUCAAUUGUAAUUUUGUAUUUUUAUCUGGCAUGCAUAUAUUAAUUUAUUAAAUUUUGCUUUUAGAACUCUAA